AUGGAUAAUUCUGAUGAUGUCGGUGUUGCAUUGGUUGAUGAAGAAGAGGAUUUGUUGGAGUACGACAAUUCUAUGAGUAGUAGUGGCGAACAAGAGGGUUCAGAUCGAGAAGAAGCUGGGAAUGGGAAUGCCAAUGGUAGUGAAGAUAAAGUACAUGUAGUUUCAGAUAAUGAAAUACGCCAGGCUGCAGAGCAGCUUUUACAGCAUAAACUACCACAAGUUUUCAUUGAGUACAACGGUCAUGGAUUCCUAUUAUUCGAUUGUGAGGAGAAAGACCAGUUGCAAUUCAAUCUACCGGUAAUUUGUGAAGAUACCAAGGGUUUUGUACAUGGAUGCAAUGAAUUGUUUAACUUGAUUCGUAGAUUUUUGGAAGAUUACCACGGCAAACUGUCGUUUGUCUCAAAGGAACUCAUAUUAGAACUUCCGUGUUUGGAUUUAACCCUUUGCGAAGACAACGUCUAUAAUAGUCAGAUAACUUUCAGCGAUAUUACUACAAUUUUUGACAUUCUAAGGCAAAGAUCACUGGAGAAUUUAGAGACUGAUGUUCCCGAGUGCAUUAGAGGUACCGUUAGUACGAGGCCUCGUUUUGUUUCUAGAUACAAUACGCUCGUUGAAUUAACACAGAGUAGUGCGACUUUAAAAAACAUUAAACCUUUCCAAAAUGAUGAAACCCAUCCGUUAGUACUUGAUGAUAAUGGCCUACCCUCAACACAUGGACAAACCAAGGAAGUAGUAGUUAUGAAUUUAGAAGAAGACGAAGAUAAUGCUGAUAGGGAAAUGGACGAUAAACAAGAUAGAAGUGAUUCUGAAGAAUUAUUAGAAAUUGUUGAUAACGAAGAAGAAGGGUGA